UCAUUUUACGCUAACGGAGCUACACAGGCCUAUUCGGGGUCGUGUUACCCGUUUUAUUUUGAGUCAGAAAGUUUAAGUGAAAAUGGCGCUGCUAACGCCGUUAUUUGCUUUCUUGUACCACCUACCGCAGGUCUACAAGUGGCUGCUGAAGCCUUAUUAUAUAGCCUCUCUGUUCAUGUCUGUAGCCUUUCUAGCUGUCCGAAAGACGCCCGGUAUCUGCGACCAUCUGUCCACACAGCGAGAGGACGGCAACUCCUGCGACUUCGACUGGAGAGAGGUGGAGAUCCUCAUGUUCCUCAGUGCCAUCGUCAUGAUGAAGAACAGACGAGCCAUUACGGUGGAGCAGCAUGUUGGUAACAUCAUCCUGUUCAGCAAAGUGGCCAACGUCAUCCUGUUCUUCAGACUGGACAUCAGGAUGGGACUGCUUUAUCUGACACUCUGCAUAGUGUUUCUGAUGACCUGUAAGCCUCCUCUCUACAUGGGACCAGAGUACAUCAAAUACUUCAGUGACAAAACCAUCGAUGAUGAGCUGGAGAGAGACAGCCGUGUGACGUGGAUCGUAGAAUUUUUUGCUAACUGGUCACCGGAGUGUCAGUCCUUUGCUUCAGUCUAUGCUGAUCUCUCUCUAAAGUACAACUGUGCCGGCCUCAAGUUUGGCAAAGUGGACAUCGGACGAUACGGAGAGGUUUCAAAGAAGUAUAAGGUUUCCACGUCCCCGCUGUCCAAACAGCUCCCCUCCCUGGUCUUGUUUCAGGGGGGAAAGGAGGUGAUGAGACGCCCCCAGGUGGACAAGAAGGGGAGAGCAGUAUCCUGGAGCUUCACUGAGGAGAACAUCAUCCGAGAGUUCAACUUGAACGAACUCUACCAGAAAUCCAAGAAGCUCAACAAAACCAAAGGAGACAAGCUCAGCCAGUCACAGUUCCCCCCUGUCCCCGAGGAGGAUGAGCAAGAGCAGCAGGGCGGCGACGCCCAGGAGGAGGAGCCUGAGUCCAAGAAGGACAAAUAAAGACGGUUUGUGUCUUUCAGCUCGGACUUCUCCUGGAUCGUAACGUGGCUGCUCAAAGAAAAACACCGCUAUCAGCAUUGAACAACCUCCUCCGUCUGCUCCUCCUGGAAGUAUUAUAACACAGAAAAUGAAAAACAUCUGUAUAUUUUAUGUUCUUGACCCACUAGAGUCCCUGGACUAUUGUUCUGUUCUUUAUUUAAACUUUAGAGAUCUCUACCCCGGUGCAGCUGCGAGUGUUCUGGUGUUUUCCUGUCAUUAGAGAACAAAUCAUACAUUUUAGCGGAGGAGCAAACUGGAGCUUUAGCAGCAUGUUGACAUGAUAAAACCUGGUCCAGCGCAUCAGCAUCAGGUCUGGAAACGGGCUGUGCAGACGUACAGACCAGAGGGAUGGACUAUGAAGAGGGAAGAAGGGGUUAUGUUGAGCCAAAAGUCAGAGUUUGAGGGUGGUUUCACGUUAGGCAACCAGACUUUGGGUUCAGAUUGGAGUACAGUUGACCUCAGAGUCUGGUUCCCUGGUUGAUGGGAACACAAGCGCGCCCUCCUCUGCUGAGUCUGCCAAGAGCACAGACCACGGAAGAUUUGAAUCAAACUGUGCAUGAGAAAUGGGUACACAUCAGCACGUAGAGCUUUAAAGUCACUCUGAACUGUGGAUGGUCCUAUGUGUCCCCAUUUAAAUUGUUUUAAACCGGCUAGUCUAAAGAGAAGAAAAUACUUAGAAAACAGUCAAAUUCAUCACAGGGUCACUCACAUCACACCUGUUAACAUUAGCAGCUAGCUCUGUUAGCCUUUGUUCCUCUUUGCAAACUAAUAUCCUGCUUUGUGACUUCUUCACUUCAGUUGAGUGCAACCCUUGAUAGCCUACAUGCCACUUUAUUUCCAUUUAUUACUUAAAAACGGCCAUACCAGGCUUGUCCUACCACACGCUAACUGCAGAGCUUCUCAUAUUUACAUGAAGUGCCAUGGGAAAGGUCAGACAGGAAGGCAGCAGCCAUUAACUGAAGCUACAGCGGCUUCUCGUGGCGGGAGGUUCAUCACAGUUUAAAAGGGCAUAGUAGACCGGGAUUUCAAGGGGGGAUUGUGGACAGGCCAGGGGCAUAUAUUUUUGCAAGGAAAGCUUGAAUGGAGUGUACUUUGCACAGUAUGUGACCUUUAAAUCAAUGUUUAUGACAUAACGAGGGAGAAAAUCUGUUAAAAAGUAGCACUGACAGCCUGCUCCACUCUGCAGGAACACUGAAACAGUUUAAUGGGUGACGAGUAAGCGAGAGGGAGCGUAUCAAUGCACAGGUGGAGGAAAAGAAGCAAUUAUUUUGAUUGAUCAUCUGCUUUAAUGCAGCUCAGUUUACCUAUGAAGAGAGUGAACAACACUGCAGACUGUAGUCUGUUAACAGAGUGAUGAUCUCCCAAAAAGCAGUGUUCAGUGCAGUCUGCUCCUCAUCUUCACUGUCAUGAUGAUCAAUGGGCCACGUCAAUAAAAGAUGCUUCAUUUCUGAAUUGUUUUAAUGCCAUAAAUCUGUUCAGAGGAGAUCUAAAUGUCAUUUAAAAGCGUAAUUAUAGCAGCCUACUCAUUAAAAAGCUGUCAGGUUUAGAUGUCACAGGAUAAUGAAUAUAGCUGAUGGGCGGGGCAAGGCUCAGGCGGGGUCUGGCUGCAAGUUUUGGAUCAUCUAAGCUCUACUUUCUUCCCCAUGGACCCACAGAGGAGGGAGGCGUGGCAGUUGUGCUCUGGCUCCUAAUGUGAAACCGCCAUAGUGUCAUAAAACUGUUUUUUCAUGUAUGCUACAAAAACGUCCGAUCAAACGGUGCGCCGGCUCUAUCAAACUUUCUUCAUAGUUCACUCCUCUGAGCGCACUCUGUACAAUGAAGCUGUGACGUCAGAGCGAGCCGAGCUUUCGCUGAAAGGGAGCGAUGAAUGUGAUGCUACUUUAAUAUUUGUGAUUCAGAUGUUCUAUUUUAUGCAACUAAUUUAAUUCAGAGUAGAUUUUUUUAAUGAUUAUUUUAUGAUUAACCGUAUGUUCUAAGAUGUAACACACUGAUAUCUCUUGUUGCUUUUAUGACAGCGAAUUCCUUCAGUGUUCGGAUGCUUGCAGAGAGAAAGGAAGCAGGUUUUUGACACAAAAGCUGAAGCAGAGACCCUCCAAAUAUUUGAUUUUCUUCAGUUUGUGCAAAGAUCUGUCCUGGGUCACUUUGGUGAAAACUCAGACUGUUUUAUACCACAGCAGCAAAAGGGAAGUCAACCUCCAGCUCUCAGCUGACCAGUUUACUUCCUGGGGUCUGGUGCAUGGACAAAUUUCAUACUAGGAAUCUGAAGCAUACUUUACAGUCAAUAUGAUGUCUAACCGAAGACACCCAAUAUUAAUUUCUAGUUUUUAAACAACCAGAAAUUGCAGGUAAUUUUCUUCAAGCACAUUGUACCCAGUUGGCAACCUUUCCGGCCACGCCAUUCCGGCUACCUGCUGUAUUUGUGUUUGUAUGAAGGAGUGUUCAGGAACGGUGCCACUAAUGUGAAAGCAGACCAGAGGGGAGUACUGGUGCCUGAUCUGACAAUGGCCUCUGGUCUGUCCAAAUGCUUAAUCUCUUGAUGAGGCCCGCUGACAAUUCUAAUUUUUCAGAGAUACAUUUUUUUUUUCCAUUCAACUUCAGAAUCCAGGCUUUAAUUUGACUUUUUAUCUUUAAUCUCAGAAUUCUGAAGUUAAUCUCAGAAUUUUGGCUUUAAUCUCAACAUUCAGACUUUAAUUCUGAUUUUGAUCUCAAAUUCUGGAUUUGAACUCAGAAUUAUGAUUUUAACUUCAGUCUGACUUUUUAUCUUUAAUCUCAGAAUUCUGAAGUUAAUCUCACAGUUUUGGCUUUAAUCUCAACAUUCAGUAUUUAAUUCUGAUGUUAAUCUCAAAUUCUCAGAUUUCCUUGCUUGAUUCUCAGAAAUCUGGCUUUGAUCUCGGGACUGUGACUUUAAUAAUUCUGACUUUAAUUUAUGGUGUUGAUUCCAAAAUUAUGGCUUAAAUUCUGACUUUAUCCCAGAAUCUGUGACUUUCAAUCUCAGAAUUUUAUUUAAUCUUUAAAGUUUGACUUCAUUUCUGACUAGAAUUUCAGUUUGUUUUUUUUUUUGUUUUUUUUUUUAGAACCUGUGAAUUUAAUUCUGACGUUGGUUUCAGAAAUUUGCUUUAAAAUUUGACCUAAACUUCCUGAGACCUGAGCUUUUCUUUGGAAGGCAUUUUUGGUUUCUCCCUCUUAUUUGGGAUAAGUAGGGUCUGAUCCGUUAAAAUAUCAGCCCUGUCUUUGAAAAGGAAUUUCUUGGAAAUUUUCUUCUCAAACCCCCAACAUUUCCAAAAACCUAAAAUUCAUGUGAAACUUCUUGAACACAUUAUUUAAGUAUCCCAUAAAAAAUACCACAACAUUUAUCCAAAUUCCUUAAAAACUUCCAGGGAAAUGAUCCCUCCAGGGAUAUUUAUAUUCCCUCAAAUCUCCAUGAAAAUUCCGGAAAAAUUCAAAGGACAAACCCUACUUCCAAAUUCCUAACCCAACUCCCCAAAAAUUACAAAUUAAUUUCCCAAAUUUCGAUAAAAAUGGAAAAAGGAACGAAAGAAAAAAACAAAGUAAUUCCCCAAAUUAUUCCAACAUCUAAAGCAAAUUUCUUAAACCUCCAUGGAUACUCUGGACAAUUAUCCCAAAAAUUUAAGUAGCAAAAUUAUAAUUAAGCCAAAAUGUGAUGUCCACACAUGUGCAUGCAGGGUCUUAGGAGGUUAAUCUGAGAAUUUUGACUUUAAUUUUAAUAUCAGACUUUUCGCUUUUAUCUCUGAAAUCUGUCUCUAAUCUCAGAUGUUUUACUCUAAUCUCAGAAUAUUGACUGUAAUUUCUGCAUUAUAUAAAAAAAAAUUUAUGUCAGAGUUUUUUCAGUGGCCCUGAUCAUCUUCAGUAAAGUUUUAUUGGUUAACACUGUUUUUUUUUUUCAGAUUCACACACUCCUUCUUUUAUUUGUAUAAUAGGUAUUUGGAUCCGUUUUGUGCUUUUUAAUGAUAACAAUGUUUAGGUUUUGAAACGCCAUGAUGUGGACUGUCAUGGGGACUCUGAGAUUACAUUUUAAUGUUUUAAUGUGACCAGACAGACUUUUAUUGCAGAUGCAGAUGUGGGAGCAUGUUUGCAGCGUCAAACUGACCGCUGGUUUUUAAGACUAAAAGCUUCACAUUCCAGAUUAGUUUGACAAAUCAGAUGUUUUCUUUUGAGCUGCAGGGUUGGAUAAUUAAAUGUUUUUUUCCCUCAUUAUUUUUUAACUUUUCUUUAACAUUCCUAAUUUUUAUUCCUUUGCUGUUAAUUUUGUAAUCAUUCUGUUUAAAGACGCUGUGAGUUUAUUCCUUUAAUCCUGAUUUUGUUACUAAACUGUUCAUAUUUUUGGCAUGACUGCUUCACUUUGGUCAAGUUUAUUUCAUUUCCAGUGCAUUCAAAUACCAGUUUGUAUUUUUACUUCUUUAUGUGACUGAAAUCUGCUGGAAACACCUCAAAAGGUUUUUUUUUUUGUUUUCAUGCAAUAAAAAAAUAAAUAUAUAUGCACAGCCUU